UACCCACAAUGCCUAACUGUAAUGGCAGCAUUAGCUGUCAAUUGUGCUGUGUGUGAUCAUUUAAACAUUGAGAACAACCGAGUGAUCUGUCGCACUGAUGGAGAAAGUUUGGUAGUCAUCCCCAUUUUAGAGUGGGAUGGCUUACCGUCGACAUCAUAACAGACACACGUAUGACAGCAACACUGAUAGUGACACAGAUUAUUACUCCGAGACGGACGACAGGAAGAAAACCUGUAUCAAACGUACCAGCUCUCUUGGGGCCCCGAAAUCUAAACCAUGCCUUGUUAACCGUGCACGAACUCUAAGUUUGGAGAACACCAGUAGUAAUGAAGACGGAGAUGUUCACCACUUGAGUACUGGUGAUGAAGAAUUUGUCAUGACGAGUCGUCCAUCUCUUCCCUCUACUGGUGCGAGGCACCGUGUGUACCAGGGUGUUCCUUAUACUCAGCCGGCCAGACAGCUCAGUUACUUCCAGUCAUACAGAAAUGACCCUUCCAACUUUUCCUUUCCUCCUGAAAUGAGUGAGCUGGCCCAGGGAGCUGGUAUAAUGAACACUAAUCCAGGAAACAACAGUCCGCGUGUAUCAGGAGAAAGAUUGACACUAGUGGUAGAUGAAACACGCUUUGUUGUGGAUCCAGAGUUACUGAGGAAACAUCCCAACACUAUGUUAGGAAGAAUGUUCACUUCUUCUUUGGAAAAUAAUAUUACUCGUCCUAAUGAGAGAGGUGAAUAUGAUGUAGCAGAAGGCAUAUCUGCAACGGUCUUCAGGUCAAUUCUGGAGUACUACAGAACUGGUUGUGUGAGAUGUCCGCCCAGUGUGACGGUUCAGGAUCUCCGCGAAGCUUGUGACUAUCUCUUGAUUCCAUUUGAGCCUGGAACGAUCAAAUGUCAAAACCUUCGGGGAUUUUUACAUGAGCUUUCCAAUGAAGGAGCACGCCAGCAGUUUGAUAUAUUCCUGGAAGAGAUGAUUAUGCCCCAAAUGGUGCACUCUGCACAGACAGGAGAUAGAGAAUGCCACAUUGUGGUUCUGGUAGAGGAUGAUGUUGUGGACUGGGAUGAGGAAUACCCCCCACAAAUGGGAGAGGAAUACACCCAAAUUAUUUACAGCACUUCCAUGUAUAGGUUCUUCAAAUAUAUAGAAAAUAGGGAUGUUGCAAAGCAAGUUCUGAAAGAAAGAGGCUUGAAAAAGAUACGGCUCGGCAUAGAAGGGUACCCUACCUACAAGGAGAAAGUGAGAAAGCGACCAGGUGGAAGGCCAGAGGUGAUAUACAACUAUGUCCAGCGCCCUUUCAUUCGCAUGUCCUGGGAGAAAGAGGAAGCUAGGAGUCGACAUGUUGACUUUCAGUGUGUUAAGAGCAAGUCGAUCACCAACCUGGCUGCAGCUGCUGCAGACACUCUCCAAGACCAGGGCUUGGUACAACAGCAGCACCUACAGGACGGGAGCAUCAACGUCAUCCCUCCCCAGCCCUCCCCCUCAGAGCCCUACCCCGGGGUCCAAAUCCCACCUGAGGGGGACGCAGAGUAAGGACCCUGGUUUAUCAGAGAUAACACAACCCAAGAUGAAUGUGAUUGAUAGUGCAAGUAAAGAGUGUGACGUAUUUGAGAACAAACAUUGCUCGGACACGGUAUCACCCAGCAUCACUUGUUCUACAGGAUUGCUGCCCUGCUUCAACUUUCACAAAUAUUUGCUCAAACUAAUUAAAAGAACAAAAAAGAAAUAAGAAUGCUUUAAUAACUUUUUUGUAGCAGACUGGCUGAUCAUUUAGGUUUUGAUCUGUUAAAUUUAUUAUUAUUAUAAAUCAUGACAGGUAUUAAGUAAUCAACGGCUCUGUUUAGAUAUGAUAGAAAGAUAGAAACAGGUUUCCAACUACAGGUGGUUGGUUGCCAUGCUUAUUUAAGGUAGGGUGAUAAGGUAUGGUGAUAUGGUGAUUUUGUAGGGUGAUUUGUAAUAAGAUACUCAGGAUAGAUAAACCCUGACAAGCUGAUAAAGAAAUCUGUUCCUACCAGAAACUUCUUACUACGUAAGGAAAAUAAUUCUUUAAUCCUAUGUCACCAAGCAUUGUGAUACCAUUUCUCACCAAUGUUAACAUUGUGAUACCAUUUCUCACCAAUGUUAACACUUCCAGCUUUAAGCUAAUGUGUUCAUCAUUCUAUACAGUGUGUAUUACAUGAGUGUAAAGCGGUGUAACAAAUACAUCUUAAGGAAGACAUCUCUACCACUGGUGUACAUCCUACGGAGGAAUAGUAUCUUCUGUGCAUGAAUGUGCUCAAUGAACCAGUUCUAUCUGUGAUGUAAGAUGGAUUUGUUUUAGCAGGUGUUUUUUGUUGGAUGCAUACUACAAUCAUUAAAAGAGAUAGGAAUGAUAAUCUAAAACAAAUGUUGAAUUUCAAUCCCAAAAGUUAGAAGUAAACAGGAAAAGUUUACAACAAUGUUGUGUGAAAAUGAUAGCAUCACUUUAUUAUAGCUUCAAAUGUUAAUAAACUUAUGUGUGGAAGUGAUAGCAUCACUUAAUUAUAGCUUCAAAUGUUAAUAAACUUAUGUGUGAAAGUGAUAGCAUCACUUUAUUAUAGCUUCAAAUGUUAAUAAACUUUCAACUUUGCAUCAGUUCUUUUUAUUAAGCAGAUACCAGAUAGAUUGUUACUAACAUUCAGACAUGGGGUACAGAACAUUAAAUAACAGGACAGAUACCAGAUAGAUUGUUACUAACAUCCAGACACGGGGUACAGAACAUUAAAUAACAGGACAGAUACCAGAUAGAUUGUUACUAACAUCCAGACACGGGGUACAGAACAUUAAAUAACAGGACAGAUACCAGAUAGAUUGUUACUAACAUCCAGACACGGGGUACAGAACAUUAAAUAACAGGACAGAUACCAGAUAGAUUGUUACUAACAUCCAGACACGGGGUACAGAACAUUAAAUAACAGGACAGAUACCAGAUAGAUUGUUACUAACAUCCAGACACGGGGUACAGAACAUUAAAUAACAGGACAGAUACCAGAUAGAUUGUUACUAACAUCCAGACACGGGGUACAGAACAUUAAAUAACAGGACAGAUACCAGAUAGAUUGUUACUAACAUCCAGACACGGGGUACAGAACAUUAAAUAACAGGACAGAUACCAGAUAGAUUGUUACUAACAUCCAGACACGGGGUACAGAACAUUAAAUAACAGGACAGAUACCAGAUAGAUUGUUACUAACAUCCAGACACGGGGUACAGAACAUUAAAUAACAGGACAGAUACCAGAUAGAUUGUUACUAACAUCCAGACACGGGGUACAGAACAUUAAAUAACAGGACAGAUACCAGAUAGAUUGUUACUAACAUCCAGACACGGGGUACAGAACAUUAAAUAACAGGACAGAUACCAGAUAGAUUGUUACUAACAUCCAGACACGGGGUACAGAACAUUAAAUAACAGGACAGAUACCAGAUAGAUUGUUACUAACAUCCAGACACGGGGUACAGAACAUUAAAUAACAGGACAGAUACCAGAUAGAUUGUUACUAACAUCCAGACACGGGGUACAGAACAUUAAAUAACAGGACAGAUACCAGAUAGAUUGUUACUAACAUCCAGACACGGGGUACAGAACAUUAAAUAACAGGACAGAUACCAGAUAGAUUGUUACUAACAUCCAGACACGGGGUACAGAACAUUAAAUAACAGGACAGAUACCAGAUAGAUUGUUACUAACAUCCAGACACGGGGUACAGAACAUU